CCCUAACAAAAUCUUCUAAAUCAAUCAGUCAAAAUCAAAUUCUUCUCCAUCUAGCUCUGUCACUGCGCUGUCUGACUCUUCUGGCUGUUUCCACUGCACUUCCUGCCAUCUCCUCUCAGCUGCCUGGUGCUUCUUGCAGGUGAAACUGAAGCUGUUUACAGUAUUCGCUGCUUUCCCCUCCAUCGGCUCCUUGCUCUGAUUACGCCUCGCCUGUAAGUCCCUUUGGAUUGAGGUAUUUGCCAGGUAAACAAAUGUGAAGGAAGGCUGUUUCUUAUUUUGUCAUUGAAUAUGUGGGUUUCUGACACGGUAAAGAUCGUCAUGUUGGAAGGUGAUCAAUAAAUGCUGCAUCUAUGUAGUUUAAUUCAGUAGAAUUGUAAGACUAAAUGUGAGAGAUGACUUGACUGUACUCAGGUCGGUGUCGUUAUUGAUCCUCAAACGGACUUAUUUCAGUCAAACCUGAUGUGGAUACACUCUCUUCUGUACUCUGCAGUCUCAGAAUAAAUGAACCCCUUACUCACACCGACGGGGACAGCAUCUACUCAUUUCUCAGUGUGGAAAAGGAGGACAAGGAUAACAUCAUGCUGGUGGUGGAAUACAACAAGCAUCUGACUCCACUUACUGAGGCCCAGAUCACAGACAUCUCACUCACUGUACCGCGCUCCGAGAUCGCCAGCAUCGACUGUCACAAGAUCCGUGAGCUGAGAGAUUUAGACGAGCGCACACCUGAGUUUGUGGAUCAUGUGUCAUCUGUCCCUGGCCUCCAGAAGAUCCAACUGGUCAUCGCCUGCCUGACUGGGAGCUGGGCAGACACCCUCUGCUCUCUCAUACAAGCCUGCCCCACACUAGUCAACAUCACGCUGGAUACUGGAGAAGGGGGGGAGGGACUACUGCUGGAGGAAGGGAUCCAGUCCCUGCAGGAUGGACUACAGACACUGAAGGAGUCUCAGAGUCGUCCACACCUCACUCUAACACUUACAGGGAGGAGAUGUGGGAAAGACUCGGAUCACUGCGCUGCUCCAGAGGACUGGGAGCGGAGUUGUAACCACAGGGUUCAGCUGCAGAGCCGCGGGCUGGAGGAGUUCACACACACACUCCUGGAGGGGCUCACACACACACCCCUGGAGGAGGGGGGAGCUGAGGAGGGGGACAAGGAGGUGGAGGAGCGCAGAAGCCUGCUGUAUCCACAGCAGGGUGGAAAGGACUGUCUGUGUAGGUGUGGAAAGGACUGCCCAUUUAGGUGUGUACUGCUGUGAGUGUUUGUAUGAUCCACCUCCAGCCUGGACUACACUCCCCAGCUCAUAAGGCUACACUCACCCAGCUCAUAAGACUACACUCCCCAGCUCAUAAGGCCACACUCCCCCAGCUCAUAAGACUACACUCCCCAGCUCAUAAGGCUACACUCCCCCAGCUCAUAAGACUACACUCCCCCAGCUCAUAAGGCCACACUCCCCCAGCUCAUAAGGCUACACUCCCCCAGCUCAUAAGGCAGUCGUCAUAAGACUACACUCCCCCAGCUCAUAAGGCAGUCGUCAUAAGACUACACUCCCCCAGCUCAUAAGGCUGAUGGGAGGGUGGGAUGUGGGGCUGGUGAGAAGUCGAGAUCUAAAUGGGCAUUAUAAGUCUCUCACCCCACCCCAACACACACACACUCACACACACACACACACACACACACACACACACACACACACACACAAAUCGAGAUCUAAAUGGGCAUUAUAAGUCCCCCCCCAUCCCUACACACACACAAGUUGAGAUCUAAAUGGGUAUUAUAAGUCCCUUGUGAACGCUGGAAGUCUGAUAGGUGCUGAUGAAGGUAAUCUCCCCACUGGAUUUAGUAAGCUUGAUAACUAACAGUCUCUAUGGUGCAUGUCCUGAUGCUGUGCCCUCUGUGUGAGGUGAUACACUUCAUCAUUCUUUCAGUCUCUAUGGUGCAUGUCCUGAUGCUGUGCCCUCUGUGUGAGGUGAUACACUUGAUCAUUCUUUCAGUCUCUAUGGUGCAUGUCCUGAUGCUGUGUUCUCUGUGUGAGGUGAUACACUUGAUCAUUCUUUCAGUCUCCGUUUCAUCUGGAAAUCGCAGUCUUGUGGUGUUGAGUGGGAAUGGACGCUAAAGGUUUAAUCGUUCCCCUGGUGACCUCGUACCAUAAACGAUUAUCUUCUGACAGGCUUGCAGUGGGAAUCAGAACCACUGAAUGAAGGUGUUGGAGAAGGGCACGGGCCUUCAUUCACUACACUGGUGUCAGAGGACGCCUUUUAAGCUCCAUUAAUGUCCCACUGUUUCUCUCAGGAUUGUUUAAUGUCUAUGUGAAGCCCUUUAACGUCAAGUGUUUGUGAUCACUUUGAACCCACCGGCUCGUUUUCCCACACAAUGCCAACACAGCAGUUAUUGACAGAUUAAGUGGCUCAUGUUUUUUUUUUACUUUUUGUUGACUAAGAAUAUUGUUUUUGUUGUCCUUUAACUCUGACUAUCUAUGGUAACUCAUGUUGUAUGAUUAACUGUGACUAUCUAUGGUAACUCAUGUUGUAUGAUUAACUCUGACUAUCUAUGGUAACUCAUGUUGUAUGAUUAACUCUGACUAUCUAUGGUAACUCAUGUUGUAUGCUUAACUGUGACUAUCUAUAGUACCUCAUGUUGUAUGAUUAACUCUGACUAUCUAUGGUAACUCAUGUUGUAUGCUUAACUGUGACUAUCUAUGGUAACUCAUGCUGUAUGAGUUGUAUGUGGUUUAGACAAAGGUGUUGGCAUUGCCAGCCAGCUCCUGGGAACAAAGAUAAUGUUUAAAUCUGUGCCUUAAUGUGGUAAAUUGAAUAUCCCCAAUACGUGUAUAACAUUCCAAAAUAGACCUAAACACAUGUAGCUGAAUUGAACCUUGAAGUGUUUAUGUGCAAACGUUGACCUCAUGGACACAUACAUUCAUACACGUACAUUUUUCACUGCAUUUGCUGUUACUAAUAUCAAAUAAAUGUCCAAUUUCAAAAGA